CACAAUGAAACAUUUCAUUAUACUUGGACUAAUAAUUGUAGCCAUCUUCCUUAUAUGCAAAUGCCAGGCAGAAGAAAAUAUUUCAAAUAACCGUAAAUGGCUGGAAAUUGAAAAUAUUUCAUAUCGUAUUGAACCCGAUAAUAAGUACACUUUGAAACAGGCAGUAGCCGAGUGUAUAAAAGAUCAUUCAAAUUUAAUAAUGCCCGAAGGUCACAGCAACUAUGCCAAAUUGAAAGAUGCCCUUAAACAUGACUUUAAAAAUUCUUCAUCGUUUUGGAUUAACAGCAGGGCAAAAUGGAGCGAUGUCUCACGACAGAUGAAUUUAGCAAGCCACCAAAAGUGUUUCAAAAUAGACAACAAUUCAAAUAAAAAGACAACAACUUUUAAUCCUUUACCACAUGAUUGUGAACAUCAACUGGGUUUCAUUUGUGAGAAACGCUUUUUAAAUGAAUUUUCAUUCUUUAACAACGGCACCAUUAACUACUUGGUGCAGCCAAAUAAAGAGUUUACCUUCGAACAGGCCUCUCAUCAGUGCCAACAGCGACAAAUGUAUUUGGUGACAUUUGAAAAUUAUAUCCAGAAUACUUUACUUAAGGAUUAUAUAUUUUACAAUUAUAAUUCCAAGGUCAGUUUUUGGUUUGACUGCGGUAAUAGUACCGAUAACAAUUGUGCCACCCAACAACAACAUAAUAAAUUGGGUUUUAUCUGCCAGCAGAGUUAUUUAAAGCCGCCAGUUAUCACUAUGAGACAUUGGGUUUUGAUUAUAUUAGUGACAUCGACGGUUUGCUUAGCCAUCAUUAUUAAAAUAAUAGCAAUUUUAAUUCGCAGAUCUAUGUAUAAAAAAGUAAAAUCAUUUAAUUUGCCAGUAACACACCAAACAGAAUUACCAGAAGCUGUCGUUACCACGACAAUUGGAUCUUAGUUCUGUAACUAGAGUAAUCAAAUAUUCGAUAUAUACAAAAAACCGGUUCAAAUAACCGGUUUUUAGCUAUUUUCGUCAAUU